UGAGGGGGUUACUGGGAAAUAAGCGACCGACACAGGGCGCCAUAUUGCUCUCAGCUGUAGUACAGGGGGAGCUUGUGUCAAAGAAGAAUAUCUAAACAUAUACAUUUCCCUGAGAUUUGUCAUCUUAAAUGGACGCCAUGGCGAGCCCAGGGAAGGAUAACUGUAGGAUGAAGAGCUACAAGAACAAAGCCCUUAACCCGCAGGAGAUGCGCCGGAGAAGGGAGGAAGAGGGCAUUCAGCUCCGCAAACAGAAGCGAGAGGAGCAGUUAUUUAAAAGGAGGAAUGUGUGUGUGCCUGCGGGCGAGGAGUCGAUGUUGGAAUGUCCCAUCCAGGAUCCAGAUGUCAGCUCAACUGUACCAGUCUCAGGUGAGGGUGUGAUCACCCCAGACAUGAUUCAGAUGAUGUUCUCAGAGGAUCCAGAUCAACAGCUUGUCGCCACGCAAAAAUUUAGGAAACUACUGUCCAAAGAGCCCAACCCUCCCAUUGAUGAGGUCAUAGCCACACCUGGUGUGGUCACCAAGUUUGUGGAGUUUCUGAAGAGGAGUGAGAACUGCACCCUGCAGUUUGAGGCAGCAUGGGCCCUGACCAACAUCGCCUCCGGCACCUUCCUGCACACCAAGGUGGUGAUCGAGACAGGGGCUGUGCCCAUCUUCAUCGAGCUCCUCAACUCCGACUACGAGGACGUCCAGGAGCAGGCUGUGUGGGCUCUGGGGAACAUUGCGGGGGACAACGCCGAGUGCAGAGACUACGUGCUCAACUGUGGCAUCCUGCCAUCUCUACAACAACUACUCGCCAAAUCCAAUCGCCUCACGACAACUCGGAACGCCGUGUGGGCGCUGUCCAACCUGUGCAGAGGGAAGAACCCGCCCCCAGACUUCUCUAAGGUUUCCCCCUGCCUGACCGUCCUGUCCAGGCUGCUGUUCAGCAGCGAUCCAGACGUGCUGGCCGAUGCCUGCUGGGCCCUCUCCUAUCUGUCCGACGGCCCCAACGACAAGAUCCAGACCGUCAUCGACUCCGGCGUCUGUCGCAGGCUGGUGGAGCUGCUCAUGCACAGUGACUAUAAAGUGGUCUCACCUGCUCUGCGUGCUGUGGGCAACAUAGUGACUGGAGAUGACAUCCAGACCCAGGUGAUCCUGAACUGCUCGGCGCUGCCCUGUCUGCUACACCUCCUCAGCAGUCCUAAAGAGUCCAUCAAGAAGGAGGCCUGCUGGACCGUGUCCAAUAUCACUGCAGGGAACCGAGCCCAGAUCCAGACGGUGAUCGACGCCAACAUCUUCCCGGUCCUGAUCGAGAUCCUGCAGAAGGCGGAGUUUAGGACCAGGAAGGAGGCGGCGUGGGCCAUCACCAACGCCACGUCUGGAGGCACGCCUGACCAGAUCAGGUACCUGGUGUCCCUGAACACCAUCAAGCCCAUGUGUGACCUGCUGACGGUGAUGGACUCCAAGAUCGUGCAGGUGUCCCUGAACGGCCUGGAGAACAUCCUGAGGCUGGGCGAGCAGGAGGCCAAGCAGAACGGCUCCGGCAUCAACCCCUACUGCGCCCUCAUCGAGGAGGCCUACGGCCUGGAUAAGAUAGAGUUCCUGCAGAGCCACGAGAACCAGGAGAUCUACCAGAAGGCCUUCGACCUGAUCGAGCACUACUUUGGGGUGGAGGAGGAGGAUACCAGCCUGGCCCCCCAGGUGGACCAGAACCAGGCCCAGUUCCUCUUCCAGCAGCAAGAGGGGCCCAUGGAGGGCUUCCAGCUUUAACCCUUACCCUCCCCACGCACAUUCUACUCUAACCCUCCCUCACCUCUCCUACCCCAACUCCCCUAUCCCUCCCGUAUCCGCCGACCCUAACCCUCCACCCCUCCUCUCAACCCUCCUGACCCUAACACAUGGGGUCGAUCUCUCCUGACCCUAACCCCGCUGGAUAGAACUGACGACCCCGCCUCGCUCCCCAUCUCCCCCUCUCAUUGUACUUGCCCUUGUGGCUUCUCCCCAGCCCUCCUUUCCCAAGGCCGGCCCCCUACCCCCACCCCUCCCAGAGGGAGAGACUGGUAGCGAGGGAGGAACUAAGAGGGAGGGGGAGAAAGAGAGAGACUGGAAAGGGCUUGGAUCAGUGUCCUUGCCGUGUGAAAACUCCUCAACCCGGCAUAGAGCAUCUGUGUGGACUGUGGCUUGCCCCUAGUGGACACACAUGGAAGUGGUUGUUUUGCUUUCUCCUUAAUCUCCUGUAUUAUGUUGUUGUUGUUGCUAUUAUUAUUAUUAUUAUAAACUGAGGAUUAUCAUUUCUCUAACAAAUUGACUUGGAUCACCCACCAUAUCCCAUUUUAAAUGUGAAACUACCUCUUCAGGCUUUCAGAUAAACAACAACAACAGCAUCAUAUAUAAACAUGAGUUCAGUAGAGUGCUGAUGGUCUACUUACUCAUUCCUGUCUCCGAGGACUUGAGGCACUGGAGCAGCUUAAAGGCCACGCCCACACAGGUCAUUCAGAAAACAUACAGGAAGUGUACACAUCUCAUGAUUAACCUGCCGCUAAAUGGCUUUGAGACCUCGCGAUGUGAAAAAUCACUCUUACUGAAAAUAUCCCUACAACGUCUCCACUUAAGUUCUCCUGGGCGAGAGACACUCGUCACGGCCUGGGGAUUCGUGUUGAUCCUUUAGAAAGACUAGUUUCUCGUCAGACAGAAAGCGAACGAGGAGAGGAGACGGAGAGAUGGAUUGAGGGAGCAGCGUGUCAAAACGGCAGUGGAGUGGUAAGUUGCAUUCGAAAGUGGUAGAGCCGAACAGUGUGGAUAGACUGGUGCUACUGCUCAUUCUGAAGAAGUACAGCCCCCCCCACCCCCCCUUAGAGGAGGACGCACAGCCUGAGAACGGGAACAGGGCCCUGUCCCAGGGCUACAGGGGUGCGACCCUAGAACUGAAAAGAAGCACUCAGUGGAUUUAUAGGUAUAUUAUUGUCAUCUCAUCAUGACCUUGUAGAUCAUGACCUUAUUUUCCUGCCUUGUUGUUUGUGGGGUGGGGGGGGGGGGUUACAUUCGCCGGCAAUGUACAACUGAAAUGGGAGUGUUCUGUAUAUUAUAUAUACACGUAAGAAAUGAAAUGUUAUAGUGUAUGUGACAUGGAAGGUGUGCCCUGGUGGUGAUGUGUGGUCUCCCAGGUUCUACCUUGUCACAUGUUCUGCUGCAGUAAUGUCUCAGAUACCUCCAUACAGACUUCAAUCUAUCCAUCCUUCCUAGAUGAAAUUACGAAUCUAAAAUGGUUGGAUAGGUGACAGUAAUAUGUGUAUGGGAAGGAAGGAUGCAUAACAGAGAUGGGGGGGGGGCUUUACACCAGUAUUCCAGCCCCUUGAUUCCAGCCCCUUGAUUGGUAGAGCCCCCUUCUCAAGCCUGUCUCUACAAUUGGUUCUCCUUAGCUUGAUACACGCACACACACAAAAAUGUAGAUGUGCAGCAGUGAUCGGCCCUGGAUGAAGAAUCUUUAUAUUCCCCUGAGAUGGAAAUUAUUUAUGAUGCACAGUUCUGUCAAGCACAUUAAAGCGUGUAUAGUUUUCUAAUAUGUCAUGUUUGUACGAUUGUAUAGUAUUUACUUUAUUUUAGGUUCGGUUGUGAGUUGUUUUCCCCUGUUUGGGAAUAGAUUUUGCAGUGAUUUAAUUUCUCUGGUCCAGAGCCGGGACCUUUUGGAUUGUGGCAGGCACUGAUUUGCUGGUUUAGUCUCUCCCGAGCUUCAAUUGGCUAUUUCCUUUCAUCCAACUGGCUGGUAGACAUCUUUAAUUGGCUCGCUGGCUCUCUCCUGUCAUCUGAUUAUGUGGCAGGCUCUCUCCUGUGCUGUAAUUGGCCGGUGAUGAUGCAGGGUGUAGGGGAAGGGAGCUGCACUAUAGGGCUCUGUCCCCACCUACGGCUCUACCUGAUGGAUGAGAUGUGAAUAUGACAAUGUUCUGUAAAAUUAUACUGAAUAAAUAUAAAAAGAUUUUCUCUUAA